AUUGCCAAGAGAGCAGACACACCCGCAGUGCCCUGCGAGGAGCACAACCCCAGGUACGCCAGCUGCCUGCCUGCUGCAGAGAUGGUGCGAGUGACUCCGCUCCUCCUGGUGCUCAGCCUGGCCCUGGCGGCUCCCGGCCCCUCGCCAGGCAAGGGAUCGGCAGGGGGNNNCUGGAUCAACGACCUGGGCUCCAACAUGACCAUUGGAGCCGUGAACAGCAAAGGUGAAUUCACCGGCUCCUACCACACAGCCGUGACAGCUACGACGAACAAGAUCCAGAUGUCACCGCUGCAGGGGUCCCAGCACCCCACAAAUCAGAAGAGCCAGCCCACCUUUGGCUUCACUGUCAACUGGAAAUUUUCAGACUCCAUCACCGUCUUCACGGGCCAGUGCUUUGUGGAUGAGGAGGGAAAAGAGAUUUUGAGGACCAUGUGGCUCCUGAGGUCACAUGUGGACAACAUCAACAACGACUGGAAAGCCACCAGGGUUGGCACCAACGUCUUC